UUUUUUAACUUUUUUCAUUACGAUUAAAAUAUAUUUGUCAUCAUCAUUAUUAUUUUGCCUGCUGUCAAGUUAUUCCAAAAUUAGGAGUAAUGAGCGUGGAUGCUUUGGGAAACUCAAUGAUGGACCCUGCGUUUUCCAAACGGAGCACGGCGCUGAGAUUAGUUGACUUGGCAGGGGCUCACCACCACCAUCAUCACCACCAUACCCCUCAGAGCGUGACAGGCAUCCCGGGGUUCAGAAGCCAUCCACAUUCAAUGGCACACACGCACCCUGGGGAGAUUACUGCAGAACCCCGCCUGGGGCCGAGUCCAUUCGGGCCAGAACACAUGGGGCACACCGCGGCCCUCAAAAUCAGCCCAGCCCAUCAUUAUCCUCACCACCAUCACCACCACAAUCAUCAUAUGGCAGGCCACAGUGAAGUGGUCUCCAGUCAAACGGGAGCUUUUGGGCCGCUCCAGCCUACGGCAGUUCCAUACUCUAUGUCUCACACGGCCCAGGCGCUGUCGGCAGGUAGGGAUUUCCUCAUUCGAAGGGAUCUGACAGCUCAAGCCAUGCCAGGGCUGACCGAGCAGACUCCUGCUACAGCUUCUCACCACGGAAUGUUUGUCUCAACAACAGGUAGCUAUCCCGGACACUAUGGUCAUCACCCCGACGCUGGAAACCAUACCCUCUUCCCUGGACUCCAUCACGAGCAGGCAGCAAACGGAGCUCCAGGUGGCCAAGCCUUGAAUGGACAAAUACGGUUAGGGAUACCUGGAGAAAUGUACGUUCGGUCUGAUCACUUGAGUCAAGUGGCAGGCUCUAGGACUGAUCCGUUCGCUGCCUCACCUUUGCACGGCUACGGCGGCAUGAAUCUGAACAUGAAUCUCAGCGCCCACCACCACGGAGCCGGCGCUUUUUUCCGUUACAUGAGGCAACCGAUAAAGCAAGAGCUUAUCUGCAAGUGGCUGGAGCCAGAGCUCGCGGCGAAAAAACUCUGCUCUAAAACUUACACCACCAUGCACGAGCUGGUUACACAUGUUACAGUGGAGCAUGUUGGUGGACCGGAGCAGGCAAAUCAUGUCUGCUUUUGGGAAGAGUGUCCCCGGGAAGGAAAGCCUUUUAAAGCAAAGUACAAACUUGUAAAUCACAUCAGAGUACACACCGGCGAGAAACCCUUCCCGUGCCCAUUUCCGGGCUGUGGCAAAGUGUUUGCUCGAUCGGAAAACCUUAAAAUUCACAAAAGGACGCACACAGGUGAAAAACCUUUUAAGUGCGAGUUUGACGGUUGCGACAGACGCUUCGCCAACAGCAGUGACCGAAAGAAGCACUCCCACGUGCACACCAGCGAUAAGCCUUACAACUGCAAAGUGAGGGGAUGUGACAAAUCCUACACGCACCCGAGCUCCCUGAGAAAGCACAUGAAGGUGCACUGCAAAUCCCCGCCUCCGAGCUCGGGCUACGAAUCUUCGACUCCCUCCCUCGUGUCGCCCUCUUCGGACUUGGGUCGAGACCCGGCUUCCUCCACUCACUCCGAGCCGCUGUCCUCUCAAGCUGCCAAUUUAAGCGAGUGGUACGUUUGUCACAGCUCGGGGGCCAGCGGCACCCAGACCCCUCCCAGCAACUCGUCUUCACCUGACCCCGCUGAUGGGCCUCCGUACAGAGACCCGGAGUCCGGGGACAGGUACUAACAAGGCUGUUGACCCCAGAAAAACCCAUACUUCAUGUCCAAAAUGCCCUAAUGAGAAUCAAUACGUCGAGCAGCUCUGUUUCAAAUGAUUGCUUAGUUACGUAAUGCACUGGCACAUGUACAAAUACUGAAACUGUUGAUUUUUUUUUUUUUACGAAAAUGAACUAAUAUUCUGAAUGAUAUUUUCAGAGAUAUCUUGUACCCAUUCAUCAUGAGCAUGUUGCUGUAUUUUAUGGAAAUGUAUUUUCGCUUUCAGUAUUUCAUUAAUUUAUUUUUAAAACUGACAUGAACGUUUUUUUGUAUUAUCGAACCAAAGUGUUUCAAUAGACGAUGCUGUACAUUUGUAAAUGGUGACGUUUUCAUGUGUGGUGUUAAUAGCAAUUUUGUAAAGUUAAGUCGUCGAGGGAAAUAUUUUGUAUCGUUUACUACUGGCUUGGAUAAAAUAAUAAUUGAAACAAUUUCAUACAGGAUAGAAUCCUCCAUGUGUGCUGUCAGUCGAGAAGACCGCCAUUUUGGUAGCAUUGUAAUAGUAUUUAAUAUUAUUGGCAUUACAUUCAUGAUUUCUGCUAUUUUGAAUUAAUGUGGGCGAUUUUUGUGCUUUUGUAAUACACUUGUUAAGAAUUCAAUUUUUUACGACAAUGUGAAUUCAGAAUAUUGAGACGACCGGAAAGUGUACCAAAUAGCCUUGUACUUUGUCAGUAUUUUGAAUAAAUAGUAUAUGAUAGUAUUGUCAAACGCAUAAGCUCUCUUGCAAUAUUGUUUCAGACGGGGACAGAAUGAAAAGUCGAAAAAAUGCAUACAACGUACACAGUUUUAAAUGCCUGAAAUUGAACUCGUGCAAUAAUUGAUUUACCUGCUUAUGUAUGGACACUUUUUCAUACUCAAAAUAUUAUAGCAAUGUACUUGCCAUUACAUUUUUGCAAGCCAGGAAGCCCUAUGGCUCCAGUAUGCUUCACAUAGGCCUACUGGAGUCCUGA